AUGACUUCCAGUACUGGUAAACGGUCAUACCGAGCGUGCCAGAGAUGCCGGAGCCGUAAGACAAGAUGUGAUUUGGACAGCAUUGGAGAACCAAAGGCACCCCCCUGCUUUUCUUGUUAUCGUUCUGGAAGCAAAUGUGUCCUAGCCUCCUCCCUUCGAGGCAGAGCCUUCCGCCAAUACCGCGGACCCAAAGUCGGAUCCAAGACGCAUCAAGGUCAUUACCACAACGUUGAGUUUCAGGCUCAGCCCAUCUUACUUCCACAACAGCCAUCUGUAGGAUCGGACUGCGACUCUUCUGAUGCACCCAUCGACGACUCAGAUGAAGAAUUAUGUGCCGAGCUCAGAAAUCCGGCUGACGCUUUACAAAUUCUCGCCCGGUCCGGGGAGACGCGCCAGGAUAAGCCAUUAUCUCCUCCUUCUGCAGGCAUAUCACCGGUCCAUGACCCAGUGGAUACCCACCCUUUUGGACGAAACCCUCAAGCACAGUCAAACCAGCCUGCUCCGAACAAGAAACUUGAACAUUAUGAACUAGUUCAGCGGGGACUGUUAGGGCUGGAUCUCGUAGCAGAUCUCCUCGAAAUAUUCUCUCGAAGAUACCACCCAUAUUGCCCAAUUGUUCCAAGCUCGCUAUUGUUAAUUUCUGGCACCGAAUGUUUCCACAGCGCUGAUUACCUCCUUCUAACCAUCAUUCUAACUAUAGCAUCAAGAGAUGAGCCAGAGCAUACAAUAACUCAUCGCCACUGCUGGGAGCAUACACAGCGGCUUUUGUUAGACGUGUUGUUAGCACAGCCUUGGACGCAAAGUCCACAGACCGUCCGUGGUCUUCUCUUGCUGGCCGAAUGGCUCCCUCAUGUUCAAUUAAACCAUGCUAGUACCGGUCAACCAGACAGCCUUUUUGCCGAAGGCAGGACUGCAUGGACAAUGAUUGGCAUGGCGAUAAGACAUGCCUACCUCCUUCGUCUAGACCUCGCAGCCUUUCGGAAGGAUAAUCUACGCGAAAAGAAGCACAGCACUGACCAAGAAAGGCUAAUUUGGACUCAUAUUUACAUUGCAGAUCGGCAGAUAUCCGUCCGCCUCGGCCAGUCCUUUUGGUCUCGUGGGCCCUCCCUUUCAUCCAAUUUCACCGCCAAGGACUUCCCAAGCCUUCAACAUUUACCAAACAGCGAAGGAGUUGAUUACGCAAACGUAUUGCAAUCUACACUUGAACUAACCCAAAUUCUUCACAAUGUCCAAGAUCUUCUUUAUUCUUCCCGUGAACGAACUCUAACAUUAGUUUUUGCCGGAGACUACAGUCGCUAUUUGGAGGACUUUCAAAAGGCGGCAACAGUGUGGUAUGAUACUUGGAACCCCUUGUUAGUAAAACGGCGCGCAAACAAUUGUGUAAUGUUGAUGUAUGAAUACCUAUGUCUUUACAUCAACGCAUUUUCCUUCCAGGCUGUUCUCACAAGGUUGUCACGGACACGAAGAGCUGCUACAGAUAAAAAGGAGCUUCGCCAUGAGGCACAAAACCAGCCAUUCCCAAAGGGCCUCAUGGCUUCGCCCGACUGUCGAUGGAUCUACGAUGCGAUCUUUGCUGCUAUUAAGAUCUUGAAGAUUAUGAAUGAACUCAACCCUAACGAUGAGAUGCGUUUCUUGCCGUCUCGCUACUAUCUCUAUGGAAUCUAUGCGGCCGUCUUCCUUUAUAAGGCGGUAUUUUCUGGUGCAUAUUCCGGAGAGGAGCAGAGGAAAGAAGUUGCUACUUUAGUAAAAGGAUUCGCCACUGCUCUGGAUUCGGUUGCAUCCAUCAACUUCCACGUCUGUUGUAGAUAUAGCGAAAUGCUGAGAAAACUGUGGGCACGACGUGGACCUAAGAUGGCCGCGGAGGAGGUACCGGAUUCUCCAAGCCGAAGUGUGACAAAUCACACAGAACCAACACAGAGCAGAUCUGAAGAACCAUCAAGCUCAAAGAAACAGCAGCCUUCGGAUACCCAGUUCAAUGAAGCCGACUAUCUUGCGAGUUUCACAAAUCCGGAUCUCAGUUCUUUAUUUACUACAGCAACCGAGGAUAUUUCCUCGAUCUUAUGGGAUGACCGACUAUUUGGCCCAUUUAUACCUGAUGUAGGGAGCAUUGAUAAUGGUAUAUUAUACGAGGAUACUGGAGAGCAACACCUGGCAGACUUGCCCCUAGUAGACAUAGGAUUAGCAGGAUACCAGGAGAUGCCUUGGAGCAUCAAUGCUUACCUUGCCUAA